AUGGUCGUGUCUAUCUUGCGCCUGCCUUAUGAGCUAGUGGUAUGGGUGAUCCAAUACCUUGAGCUCGGCGACGUUCGUAACUUGAGUUACACCUGCAAGGAGCUUCGGUUUGUGGUUCAAGACUUGAGGCUAGCAAAGAGGCUUCUCAAGGCCCACGCCCCUCACAGUAUCGAAGCCCGUGAUGCUAGAGCUUCUGGGGACUAUGCGGGGAACCUUCGUCGUUUGAUCAAGCGCAGAGAUGCCAUUUCAUCCGUUUCGCCUUACACCGCGGCUGUUGUCGCGUUUUGCCACGAGUGGAUGUAUGAAAACGGCGUGCUUUGCUACGCCCGUGGCCGGGAGCUGCGCAUUUUGGACCUUCGCCGCUCGGCCAAAGACGAGAUCGUGAUUGAGCUCCGAAAACAUGCCGAGACGCUACUACCCCCUGAAGCCCUCGGUCCUCACAAGUAUAAGCUUACGCUGCUAUACUUCGCCAGCAAUAUUUUCUCUUGUAUAUAUUCCCUGCUUCUUACAGGGGACCAAAAGCCCCAGCAUUACCUUCUUAUUUUCCGCCCGCAAGACGGUACGCUCAUCGCCAUGACAGCCGUACACAGCAUUUCCAAAGCAUUCGUGCGGAAUGACAGCCUCUUCGCUUAUUACGGUACCCUCAAUUCGCCCGACAACCAAGGAACACAGCUCUGGUCUAUCCGAGCUUACAAUCUCAAGUCAAAUAAAUGGGAGCCCAACGAGAUCGACAUCCCGAAGGAGAUUGGAACUGACAUAGGCUCGACCGUGUGCUUUGAAGUGAUCGACGGGUUCCUCUACGGCUUGUCAAACGUUCAAAGUCUUGCCAUUGAACAGGUUGACUGGAUAUCAUAUUACUCCUGCUUCCGAUUCUCGUUCGAUAACAAUGGGCAUGUGAUCGGCACAGUUCUAGGACCUCACCGGGAGCUCUGGCGCAGAGACCAUACCGAAGGGCCUUUGGACAACAGAUGGACCGUUCUCCAUCUUUUCAAAGAUGAGGCGAGUGGGAGGCUCAAAUGGGUCGAGACCCGAAAAGAGUGGUUGGGAGGCUGCAGCACGAGCCGUCGGACAUACUACACGACUGAGAUCGACUUCGACGCGCUCGCUGCGAAAGACAAGCUUAUUGACUCGGACACAGCUGUGAAGCACCAGCCAGGCCGCGCCCGGAAGCGUUGGCCGCGAAGUCCUCACUAUGUCCACGUCGGAGAUGACAAUAGGACGUGGCCAUUGAUGGUCCCCAAAUGUCCUGUGAGGACCUAUCACUCCACCUCGGAGACCUUCAUCGAUUUGAUCGACGAGGUGGCUUCAUUCGACACAAAAGAUCAACAGCUUCGUCUUCGUGGGGGCAGCCGACGCCCCUGGACUCCCGGUGAGCUGACGCAGCAGGACUCCAAUGGACCAAUGAACAGUCAAUACAGGAACGAAACUGGCCUUCUUUGGCCCCCGGCACCAGAUCCCUCCGCUGACUUCAACCCCGCGCUCGAUGAGCUGUAUGCUGUCCUGAACCCCCCGGGAUACGCUGGAAACACCCACGGCACCUGGGACGAUCGGUCAAUGGUGUACUCCACGGGCGGCUCCCAGGGAAGCCUUCGGGCGCUGGUUUUUGUCUCGUUCGACCCCGCCAUCCGCUUAGCGGGCACGCCGCCGUACCCGAGGGAAUUUGGUGUUGCUCGAUUGCAGGGCUCAGCGCCCAGCCAUGCCCCGCGUGCUGCGGCUCGCGUCACAGCUACGGGAGCAGAGGCGGGGAAGGUCACAGGCACCCCCUGUGAGAGGGACUGCAUCGAGCAGGUAGACGAUGCGAAGGGCGCGAAGAAGGAGGCGUCUUGGAUAACAUUCAAGCCGGCGUGGUACCGAAAAAUUGAUCGGGGGUAUCACUUCGCUCGGUGA